UGGUUGGCUUGUUUUGGGAUCACCAUGCGCUGCAUGCCGGGAUACACCUCCGUGUUGACACAAAAUGGUCGAGUAUGUUUUGUGACCCGGGAGUUUAGCAGGCCUAAAAGUUGUACCUUAUCAUUCGGCACGCAGAACAGCUAUUUGAAUAGUACAUAGUAGCACAGAUGUCCAGUACUGUUCAGCAGUGGGAAGUAUGCAUCACAAAGCCUACAUCAGCUGGUGAGCUGCGGGGGAGCAAGCCGAUGACUGUGGGCAGACUGGCUACGCCUCCGAUUAUAGCCUACGCAUCGCACAGACCGUCGCCUACAUCAUAGAGGACGCUAAAACAAGCCGAAUGAAGAGAGCGGCUGCAAAGCAUCUAAUUGAGCGCUACUUUCGCCAGUUAACAGAGGGCUGUGGAAAUGGGGCCUGCGCGAAUGAGUUGUGUGCUUCGUGUCUUGGUUUUCAACCUUUGGAUCACAACACGGCGGCCAUCAGAGCCCUGGAGCUCUAUAAAAUUAACACCAAACUGUGUGACCUUCACCCCUCCGCUGCCUUCCCUGACAACAACAGUGCCGAGGACACACAACCUGCCUUAUUGGGCGACCGCCACGGGAAGAUGACGGACAACCUGUUUCCCCCAAGGGAAGACUUCAGAGAUGUGCAUUACCUGACCGAGGAGAAGGUGUAUGAGAUCCUGAGUAUCUGUGAGGGGAAGAAGGACUACUCUCCUCUGAUCCGAGUCAUCGGGAGGAUCUUCUCCAGCGCUGACGGUCUGGUGCGGAGCUUCAGGAAAGACAAGGAGCAACACCCCGACACCAAGGAGCAGCGCAAGACCCACCAGGCCAAAGACGAGGACAAGGACGAGGACGACAAGGAGAGAACCACCGCCAUGGAGCAGGAAUCAGAGGCCUCGGCGUCCAUGGAAGGAGCGACGGGAUCGACGGAGAACAGACUGGGUCCUGUGGAGGUCUCCUUGGACGUAGAAGCUGUGAGGAGAGUGUACGACAGACUCCUCUCCAACGAGACGAUGGAAUCAGCCUUCCUCAACGCCCUGGUCUACCUAACUCCCAACGUAGAGCUGGAUCUAACCUAUCUGGACGUGUACGACACCAACCCAGACUACCUGAACAUCUUCGUCAUCGUGAUGGAGAACAGCAGCCUCCACAGCCCAGAGUACCUGGAGAUGGCCAUGCCUCUGUUCUGUAAGUGUAUGAGUAAACUCCCUCUGCCUGCCCUGGCCAAGCUGACGCGCCUGUGGUCUCGGUACAGUGUAGAGCACAUCAGGCGAAUGAUGGAGACCUUCCAGCAGCUCAUCACCUACACGGUGAUCAGCAACGACUACGACAGCGACAGUCUGGUAAACGAUGACGAGGCCGUUGUGGCGGCCACCAAGUGUCUGAAGCUGGUGUUCUACGCCAACGUGCUGGGAGGUGACCUCGAUACGGGCCACAACGAAGAGGAGGAGGAGGAGCCCCCGUCUGAGUCCAGCGAGCUCACCCUGCAGGAGCUCUUAGGGGAGGAGAGGAGGAACAAGAAGGGUCUCCGGGUCGAUCCUCUGGAGAAGGAGCUGGGCGUCAGGACCCUGGACUGCAGACGACCCCUCAUCCCCUUCGAGGAGUUUGUCAACGAGCCGUUGAACGACGUUCUAGAGAUGGACAAGGACUUUACCUUCUUCAAGGUGGACUCGGAGAGUAAGUUCUCCUUCCAGAGCUGUCCCUUCAUCCUCAACGCCUGCACCAAGAGCCUGGGUCUGUACUACGACAACCGCAUCAGCAUGUACAGCGAGAGGAGGAUCACGGCUCUCUACAGCCUGGUACAAGGGCAGCAGCUCAACCCGUACCUCAGGCUCAAAGUACGACGAGACCACAUCAUCGACGACGCCCUCGUCAGGUUAGAGAUGAUCUCCAUGGAGAACCCAGCGGACCUGAGGAAGCAGCUGUUUGUGGAGUUUGAAGGCGAGCAGGGCGUCGACGAGGGAGGAGUCUCUAAAGAGUUCUUCCAGCUAGUCCUGGAGGAGAUGUUCAACCCUGAUAUUGGCAUGUUUACGUAUGAUGAGUCCACCAAGCUGUUCUGGUUCAACCCGUCCUCUCUGGAGAAUGAGGCCCAGUUCACCCUGAUCGGCAUCGUCCUGGGCCUGGCCAUCUACAACAACUGCAUCUUGGAUGUUCACUUCCCCAUGGUGGUCUACAGGAAACUGAUGGGGAAGAAAGGGACCUAUCUUGACCUGGCAGACUCUCACCCGGUUCAGUACCAGAGUCUGAAGGAGCUGCUGGACUAUGAGGGCGACGUGGAGGAGGACAUGAUGAUCACCUUCCAGAUCUCACAGACUGACCUGUUUGGAGACCCCAUCACUUACGACCUGAAGGAAAACGGGGACAAGAUACCUGUUAAUGUGGACAAUAGGAAGGAGUUUGUGUCUCUGUAUGGCGAUUACAUCCUUAAUAAGAGUGUGGAGCGCCAGUUCAAAGCCUUCAGGAGGGGCUUCCAGAUGGUCACCAACGAGUCUCCUCUCAACUGUUUGUUUAGACCUGAAGAGGUGGAGCUACUCAUCUGUGGAAGCAGGAAUUUAGACUUUCACGCACUUGAAGAAACGACCGAGUAUGACGGAGGCUACAACAAAGACUGUCGCAUUAUCAAAGACUUCUGGGAGACGGUGCAUUCGUUUGGUGAGGAGGAUAAGAGACUUUUCCUCCAGUUUACGACGGGGACUGACAGAGCACCCGUAGGAGGCCUGGGCAAGUUAAAGAUGAUCAUCGCCAAGAACGGCCCCGACACAGACAGGUUACCUACUUCUCACACGUGUUUUAAUGCCUUGCUGCUCCCAGAAUACGACACAAAGGAGAAGCUGAAGGAGAGACUUCUCAAAGCCGUCACUUACGCCAAAGGAUUUGGAAUGUUGUGAAACAAAAACGACUACUCUGAUUAAAAAAAUUAAAACACAAUUCAACGGUUUAAAUGUUUUAAUGGAUACGGAAGGAGUUUUACAAUACAAUGAGACAUGAAUUCACAUUUAUUAUUUUUAUUAUUUUUAGUGGCAUUAUGACAAGGAAGCGUUCCAGUUGUGUGUGCCAAGAUAUCAAUUAGACAAGACACUUUGAUCUAACCCCCCCCCCCCACACCAACCCUCAGAUCUCUCUAGUGUACACAACCUCUCCUUAUUUUCUAGCUUUUUUUCAAAUAGUUUAAAUCAGUCAGAAUGAUUCACUGGAACUCGAUUCUUCUACGUGUGUUUUAUUAGAGAUGGUUGACGUGUUAAAACAUCCCCGGUCUGAAGCAGGUGAUCAUCGUGUCUGAUUUGUUGUGAAGGUGCACUUACCGUUCUGAAUGUCAGUGAAUGGUGUGUGUAUAUAUAUAUAUAUAUAUACAGGACUGUAUACUUCCGUACGGGGACAUUUUUGUUUGUUCAUGGGAUCGUAAAAAAAGUCUUCCCGGUCAAUAUAUUCUGUAAUCGCCCAGCGGUGUUGUCGGUUAAACUUCCUAAAAAUGAAAUCCCUCUUCAUAAUGCAUUUAUACGUGCAUUUUAAUACCUGACAUAGGUGCUUAUAGCUGUUCAUAAGCAUCUAUAAUGCAUUAUUAAGAGGGUGUUCAUAUGAAGUGUUAGCAAGUUGUCUAAGGCAGGGUUUCCCAUACUCGGUCCUGCCCCACCCCCCCAAAAGCUUAAUGAGUUUGGUUAUUUGAAUCGGCUGUGUGCCGCUAGGUCCGAAACCAAAAUGUGCACCCAUGGUGGUUCCCAGCACCGGACUGUUCUCACCAUGUACACCAAUAGUGUUCCUGCUCUGCAGCCUCUGUGCAAAUGGCACACUAUUCCCUGCACAAUGUUACUACUUUUGACCAGGGUCCAUAGGAGUACACACUGUGUAUGGCAGGGGUCUCCAACCCUGUUCCUGGAGAGAGACCCUCCUGUAGGUUUUAACUCCAACCCUGUUCCUGGAGAGAGACCCUCCUGUAGGUUUUAACUCCAACCCUGUUCCUGGAGAGAUACCCUCCUGUAGGUUUACACUCCAACCCUGUUCCUGGAGAGCUACCCUCCUGUAGGUUUUAACUCCAACCCUGUUCCUGGAGAGAGACCCUCCUGUAGGUUUUAACUCCAACCCUGUUCCUGGAGAGAGACCCUCCUGUAGGUUUUAACUCCAACCCUGUUCCUGGAGAGAGACCCUCCUGUAGGUUUUAACUCCAACCCUGUUCCUGGAGAGAGACCCUCCUGUAGGUUUUAACUCCAACCCUUUUCCUGGAGAGAGGGCCUCCUGUAGGUUUUAACUCCAACCCUGUUCCUGGAGAGAGACCCUCCUGUAGGUAUUAACUCCAACCCUGUUCCUGGAGAGAGACCCUCCUGUAGGUUUUAACUCCAACCCUGUUCCUGGAGAGGUACCCUCCUGUAGGUUUUAACUCCAACCCUGUUCCUGGAGAGAGGGCCUCCUGUAGGUUUUAACUCCAACCCUGUUCCUGGAGAGAAACCCUCCUGUAGGUUUUAACUCCAACCCUGUUCCUGGAGAGAGAUACUCCUCCUGUAGGGUUUAACUCCAACCCUGUUCCUGGAGAGAGAUACUCCUCCUGUAGGGUUUAACUCCAACCCUGUUCCUGGAGAGAGACCCUCCUGUAGGUUUUAACGCCAACCCUGUUCCUGGAGAGAGACCCUCCUGUAGGUUUUAACUCCAACCCUGUUCCUGGAGAGAGACCCUCCUGUAGGUUUUAACUCCAACCCUGUUCCUGGAGAGAUACCCUCCUGUAGGUUUUAACUCCAACCCUGUUCCUGGAGAGAGACCCUCCUGUAGGUUUUAACUCCAACCCUGUUCCUGGAGAGAAACCCUCCUGUAGGUUUACACUCCAACCCUGUUCCUGGAGAGAGGGCCUCCUGUAGGUUUUAACUCCAACCCUGUUCCUAGAGAGAUACCCUCCUGUAGGUUUUAACUCCAACCCUGUUCCUGGAGGGUUGGAAAGGGUUGGAAAGCCCUGAUGUAGGGUCUCUCUCCGGAAACAGGGUUGGAAAGCCCUGAUGUAGGGUCUCUCUCCGGGAACAGGGUUGGAAAGCCCUGAUGUUGGGUCUCUCUCCAGGAACAGGGUUGGAAAGCCCUGAUGUAGGGUAUCUCUCCGGAAACAGGGUUGGAAAGCCCUGAUGUAGGGUCUCUCUCUGGGAACAGGGUUGGAAAGCCCUGAUGUUGGGUCUCUCUCCGGGAACAGGGUUGGAAAGCCCUGAUGUAGGGUCUCUCUCCAGGAACAGGGUUGGAAAGCCCUGAUGUAGGGUAUCUCUCCGGGAACAGGGUUGGAAAGCCCUGAUGUAGGGUCUCUCUCCGGGAACAGGGUUAGAAAGCCCUGAUGUAGGGUAUCUCUCCGGGAACAGGGUUGGAAAGCCCUGAUGUAGGAAAUAGGAUGCCAUUCUGGAAGCAGCCUAUAUAUAUAAUGGAGUUGCAUGAUUGACUGUAUGUCUACCACUUUGACAAACCACGCUGCUACUUUUGGCUGUAGUUCUGCACACAAACUUUUUCCGAUAUGUUGGAAUAGCUUGCUGUUUAAACAUUUUAUUUUUUUUGCAAUGUUGAUUUUGUAUGCCACAGCCCAGACAGAACCGGACACACUUCCCUUUGUGGAGUGUUUAAGUUUAAAUCUUUUAUUUUAAUGCAUAAUUCGACAUUAAAAUGUCUAGUUUGCAGUGUAUUGUGCCGGGGCAAUGUUAAUAUUUUGUAGCUAAAUCUGGGUAAUGUUACCAGAAUUUUGGAACCCUUUGCUCACUUUGCAGUUAAUCGGGACCCAGAUAUUGUGAAAUGUUGGCGUGGAGAAACGUUUCUUGCGUAAUACUAUAAUAAUAGCACUGAAUUAACGUGCCACAGCCGUGCUCAGAACAGUGUGUGUUUGGUUCAUGUUGUUUUUGAUUGAUUUUGAUGUGACUUGGUAAUUGUUUAUUAUGCUGUACAGCACAGGAGGUUGAUGGCACCUUCAUUUGGGAGGAUGGGCUCGUGGUAAUGGGUAUUAAACACAUGUUGGUUUGAUGCCAUUCCGUUCGAACCGUUUCAGCCAUUAUUAUGAGCCGUCCUCCCCUCACCAGCCUCCACUGCUGUACACCUGAAAGCCCUCCCAAGCCCUACAGAAGGUUUUUUGGUUUAAUAUCCGAUGUGUGCAACAGGAAGGAAGGAAUUAGUUGUUUGCUGCCUGGUUUAUUUGAUCAAAAUUGAUAUCUCAUGAGAUGAAGGAAUGUGCAAACAUAACGAAACACUUGAUGUGUCAACAUAAUGCAAAAAAUAAAAAGUACAUUUUUUUUUA